AUGCAGCCUUCUGUGACCUUGCAAUGGCAAGACUCUUUUCAAUGCACCUGGGAGGCCCUGGCCCUGACCGAUGCUGCCCGGCUCUUCCUGCUCUCUGAGAAGGAGAACAGAGCACUACAAGCCCCAGGCUUCGACGAGCACCUGCAGGCCGCACUCAACUGCUACAGCUUCGCCAUCAAGGUUUACAUUGAGAUGAACCAGCCUGUCAUGGCCGCCAGUCUAUCUCUGGAACUUGGCAAUGCCCUCAAGGAGAUGAACAGACCAGGUGAGGCCAUAGUUCACUACCAGAGAGCAGCAGAACUACAGACACAGCAGCCCAUUGAGUCUCUGCUGUCUAUGGGAGAGAUGGCCACCUGCAAAAUACUCACCCGUGACUAUGACGGCGCGCUGGCCGUGCUGACAGAGAUGCAGCUGAUGUGUCAGGAGAGGGGACUGCAGCUGCCCGGCACCAGCACCCCCGUUGGUGCAUUUCUGGACAUUGUGGCCAAGUGUGAGAUUUCCAGAGUACUUUUGCUCAUGCUGCUUGAGCCUCCUCCCCAGAAGUUGUUGCCAGAGCAUGCCCAGACCCUGGAGAGAUACGCCUGGGAGUCGUUUGACCCUCAUAGUCAGGUGACCUUCCUACCUGAGAAUGUCUUCCUGCUCCUGCAGUCAGUUGUGAUGGCCUGCCAGGAAAAAGACAUAGAGUCCCUCAAGUCUCUUCAACCUGAACUCUGGCCUCUUCUCUCAGCAGAGCAGAACCACCUCCUUCACCUAGUGGUGCAAGAGCGGAUCACCCCCUCUGGACAGGGGAUUUAGUACAGUCCAGAUCAACUCACUACACCCCCUCGGAAUGACACAUAAUGGAACAUUCCUGUCUCUGUCUUGGUCUGUUGUAGGGCCUCUUAAAUAAUGUUUUGGUGGGGUUGCAUUCACAAACACGUUUUGCGUCUUUUCUAAAAACGUGGGAACUGGACCAAGCAUGUCAUUGUGAAGGACAUACUGUACAUCUUACUGCAUCCCCUGUUAUGCCUAUUAGUGGUCGCAGGAUUGCUCUCGUGGUGAAGUCUUGCAUCAAAUAGUUAUUUAUUAGAAAUAUGUUGAAUAGAUUAAAUAUGAAUGAAAAAUGUGCUUUUUUUUGUAGCGUUUUUAUUUUGUUAAUAAAUUGUAUAGUCUGAACAAACAUGGCUUAAAUUCCAAUGUAAUUACAAAACAGAAUCCCUCUACUGCAUUAUAAUAAAUGGUGAUAUUACAUAUACCGCA